UAUUUCGGGGGGGCGAAAGCGCGCAGCGAUUCUUCUCCUCCGAUUUCCAUUAGGCUUGAUUGCCUGCUCGAUCCAGCGUGCCAGCGGCGGCGCAACAAGCAGGGUAAUCUCCAGCAAUCCGGCGCUAGAUCCAUCCCAAUCUCUCCAGGAAUGAGCGAUCCAAGCGCGCGCGGCAGCAGCAGCGACGGCGAUGGAGGCCAGGAAACCCUACCCGGUGGCGGCAUCCGACUACAGGGUCCUGGAGGAGAUCGGGCACGGCAGGAACGCGACGGUCCACCGCGCGCUGUGCGUGCCGCGCGGCGAGAUCGUCUCCAUCAAGAGCAUCGACCUGGAGAAGUGCCGCAGCGAUCUUGACGAGGUACGCCGCGAGGCCCAGACACUGAGCCUCAUCGACCACCCUAACGUGGUGGCGGCGCUCGCGCUCUUCAUCGUCGGCCAGCGCCUGUGGGUGGUGAUGCCGUACAUGGCCGCCGGCUCCUGCCUGACCAUCAUGCGCGUGGCCCGGCCGUACGGCCUGGAUGAGCUGCUCGUCGCCACCGUGCUCAGGGAGUGCCUCAAGGCGCUCGACUAUCUCCACUUCCACGGCCACAUCCACAGGGACGUCAAGGCCGGGAACAUCCUCGUCGAUCAGCACGGCGGCGUCAAGCUGGGCGAUUUCGGGGUCUCGGCCUGCCUCUUCGAUUGCUACAACCGGCAGAUCGCGAGGAGGACCACCUUUGCUGGCACUCCGUGCUGGAUGGCGCCCGAGGUGCUGGAUCCGGUUUGCGGCUACGACUGUAGCGCGGAUAUAUGGUCGCUGGGGAUCACCGCGCUGGAGCUCGCGCAGGGCCACGCUCCACUCUCGGAUCUUCCGCCCAUGAAGAUGGUGCUGGUGGAGCUCUCCAGUCCGCCGCCGACGCUGGAGCCCGAGAGAGCGAAAGUUUUCUCCAAGAGUUUCAAGGAUUUUGUGGCGUGCUGCCUCCAGAAGGAGGCGAGCAAGCGGCCCACGGCCGGGAAGCUGCUCAAGCAUGGAUUUUUCAAGCACGCCCAGAGCGGCGAGUACCUGGUGGAGCAUCUCUUGCGAGAGCUCCCGCCGCUGUGGGAGCAAGUGAGGGAGCUGAGGAACAGGGAUGUGGCCGAGCUCGGGAAGAAGAUCUCGCUGCCAGAAGGCGAGCAGCAGAAGCAGCAGGAAGUCGUGAGCGAGUGGAAUUUUUGCGUUGCGGAUUCGUCGUCGAGUUCGUCAACUUCUGGCAAAGGAGAAGCCAAGCCCGAGGAAGAGGAGAAGAAAUGAAGAAAACUUACCACAGAACUUAAAAUAUGAGAUUUUUCACUGCGAUAUAGUAAAAAGUUUCAUCUCCA